CACCAGAAGAGGGCGCCGUUCAAGAUGGCAGCCACCAUGGCGAGUGCAACUCGAUCAACUGUCUUGAAACUUUACCGCCAAAUCUUACGGGAAUCCAAGAAAUUUACUGGAUAUAAUUAUAGAGAAUAUGCAUUGAGGAGGACUAAAGAUGCCUUUCGAGAGAACAAAAGCUUGACAGAUGAGGCAGGGAUCAAUGCUUUGAUCCGAGAAGCUGAAGAGAAUCUACAGAUUAUAAAAAGACAGGUUGUUCUCAGCCAGCUUUACAAGGAUCCAUUACUGGUAAUUGAAGAAAAUAAACCGGGACAGAGGUAGCAGCUAUGACGGAGGCAGAGGGUUUGAAGAUGAGGCUGAGCUCUACACUUCAGAAUGCAGGCGGUGUCACAAGUACAGAUGCAUCAAAGAACAGUGUCAUUAAGAAAUCUGUUUUCCUCUCUGUGUGCCCAACCAUUACCCACGAUGCCAUGAACUGGUGAAAAUGAAAACAGUUCAUGGCAACAUGGCAGUUGAAUCAUUUGCCAUACAAAGCCACAGUGUUGAGCUAUGAAGUGCAAGACCUUGAUUUUUAUUUUGAGGUAGACUAGUUUUUUUUCUUACCUUUUAAAGCGAUUUCCAGUGAGGGCUUUUCUUUCAACCCCUCCACGGUAAUUUCCCCCUUUUUUGUAGUCAUGUAGCAUUGCCACUUUGCCAGUCUGCAGUGCAGUUCAAUGCAAUGUACAUAGUUGAUUGUUGACUGAAUGACGUACAUGAAAUAGCAAUUGAGAGGAGACACAAGUGGUUGUAUUUGAAAGAGCAGAGAACCCAUGAAAUGUUUCCAAAUCAUUGAAGUCCCCGAGUAGAAAAGUAGGGAUAAACUUCUCAAGUCAACAGAGAGUCACCAGAACCUCAGUGUACGAUGCUUGUUUUCUUUAGUCAUGGCCAGUUUAGAUGAAAUUGGUUUUGAAUUUCUUUCACAUAUUUGUAAAGAAUGUAGAUUUCCAUGCCAGUUUUUCUCAUUCGAAGCAAGAUAUGGGACGGAGAGAACCCCCCCCCCCGCCUUUGUGUUGG